AACAAGAGACGGGAAACGUCGUCGGCCAGUUGGCCACCAUUUCUUUUCUCUUCUGUCUUGGCUUCUGUGCUGUUUACUUUGUCCGUUCUUCUCAGACUUCUUUUUUGCAUCUGGUAGGGCUCGCUUUCAUGGCUAAUUCGGAAGAAUCGAGCCCUCUUAUUGCCAAUCUAGGCGACGGAGAUGUUAGCGCUGGUUGCGGUGAGAAAGAGUCGAAAUCUGUGCCUGUGGAAUCGGGAGAGAUCGGUCGUGUUGGUGUUGGUGUUGGUGUUGGUUGGACUGCCGAUGGGCUUCCAUUAGGCCACGGAAGUGUAGUCGGGGAGCCAGUGGCUCGUGCUCGUUGGGAUUCGUCUCUCUUUGCUUGCCUUGGCCGGAAUGAUGAGUUCUGCAGCAGUGAUCUUGAAGUCUGUCUCCUUGGAAGUGUUGUCCCUUGUAUGCUAUAUGGCAGCAAUGUUGAGAGACUAGGCUCUGGUACAGGGGCUUUUGCUAACCAUUGCUUGCGUUACACUGCACUUUACCUGCUUGGAAAUACCCUUUUUGGUUGGAAUUGCGUAGCACCCUGGUUUUCAUAUCCCAGCCGAACUGCAGUCCGCCGUAAAUUCAAUCUCGAGGGUAGCUGUGAGGCAUUAUCUAGAUCAUGCGGGUGCUGUGGAAGUUUCAUCGAGGAUAAUGAGCAACGAGAACAGUGUGAGACAGCAUGUGACUUUGCAACUCACUUCUUCUGUCACACAUGUUCCCUCUGCCAGGAAGGACGAGAGCUUCGCCGCAGGCUUCCUCAUCCUGGAUUCAUCAGUCGGCCUGUGUUAGUCAUGAUACCUCCCAUGGAACAGACAAUGGGCCGUUGAGGGAGCAUGAGAUCAUUCUGCUUGAUCUUCUGAUAACCUGUCUUUACUUCUAUUAUUGAUGUGUGGCCGUGUGAAUUAUAGUCGUGUUAUAUGUACUGGUUAGGAUACCCUGCACUUGGUUUGCUUGGCCAAGCGAAAAUAAGAUUUGUUAAUAAUGGGAGAUUUACCUGUCGUGAUUUAUACAUUCUACCUCUAUGUCAAAUAUUCGUUUCUUA